CGUAGUUGAGAAGGCGACGCGCUGGCUUUAUCAAGCCGCUGAACGUUUCGGUAUAUUGUCGGCAGGAGAUAUCACUGACCAAAUGAAGAAGAAAAAUGCAGCAAGUGAGAAGGUGCAGGCGAAGAAGAUGAGUGCCGAGGCUGCAGACAGAGAGGCAGCCACUUCCAGCCGCCCUUGUACCCCUCCACAGACGUCCUGGUUUGAAUUCUUGCUGGAUGUCUCUUUGUUGGAGGCUCAUCUACAGAAGGACUUCCCAGAUCCUCCUCCCGUUCAGCUGAUCAUCCAGUUCCUGGAGCAGGCCUCUAAACCCACUGUGAAUGAACAGAACCAGGUGCAGCCUCCUACUGACAACAAGAGAAAUCGUACCCUCAAGCUAUUGGCUUUAAAAGUAGCCGCUCACUUAAAAUGGGAUUUAGAGCUGCUUGAGAAGUGUUUAUCUGUUCCUGUCCUCAAUAUGCUGCUGAAUGAGUUACUGUGUGUGAGCAAAGUGCCGCCUGGAACAAAGCAUGUAGACCUGGACCUCGCAAGCCUGCCGCCAACCACAGCCAUGGCUGUCAUGCUGUACAACAGAUGGGCUAUCAGGACCAUUGUGCAGAGCAGCUUUCCUGUGAAGCCCAUUAAACAGGGUCCACUACAGCCCAAUGUAAUGAAUCAAAUGCAACAAGAAAAAGAGCUGACUGAAAAUAUCCUGAAAGUGCUGAAGGAACAGGCCGAGGACUCUGUGACUGUGCUGGAGGAAGCCAUUAAACUGAAGAGAGCCUUCUAUGUUCACACUAUGAGGACCUUGGACCUACUGGCAGCAGAACCUGGUGUUGUGAAUGGCGAAACGGAGAAUUCCACUGCCGGGUUAAUGAUCAGUUCUGAGGAAGUCCAGUGCCAGGUUUGUUACGACCUUGGGACCUUUUACUUCCAGCAAGGACCGACAAACCCUGUGAAUUAUGAAAAGGCUAGAGAUCACGUCUUUAACACCAAACAACUGGUUGCAAAGAUCGGCGGCGUUUCUGAUCACUACUCUAUUGAUGAGAAGAGACUGGCCGGUUAUUGCCAAGCUUGCAGCGUUCUCGUCCCUUCAAAUGCGUCUGCUGUGCAGUCGACAACAUACAGUCAGAUCCAUAGGUUCAUGAAGGCUGGAAACUACCAGGGAAUAUUGAAUAUCUUCUAUGAUGAUAUCGGUGGUCAUCUCCCAGACCAAUUCAGACAGUCCGUGCUGAGAGAGCUCUUCCAAAGACUGCAGCAAGGAAAUGAUGCUCUGACUGACGUCUGCUAUAAAAUCUGUGCUUGUAACACAGUCCGUGACGUUCUCCGGGGUCGGAGCGUCACUGUCCAGUUUCACCAGCUCUUCAUGAAGCCCAGCAAAGAAAAAAUAGAUUAUCUUCUUGAGGUUUGUUCCAGGUCUCUAAAGUUAGAUGAAGCUUCGGAGUCUGAAAAGCGAACCAUGGCCUCAUUUUUAAAAAGCCUGUGCAUGAGUUUAGAAGACCUACAGCUGGUGUUUAUGAUCUCUUCUCACGACUUGCUCAUGAAGCUCCUCACCGAUGAUGAGAGAAAGAUGCUUGUGGAUCAGAUCAGACAGAGGACAUCCCAUACUAAUCUCUGUACCAAGCCUGUGACUUCAUUCUAUGACAUACCAGCAUCUGCAAGUGUGAACAUUAGCCAGCUAGAACAUCAGCUCAUCCUCACCGUGGAUCCCUGGAAUCGACAAAUCCUGAUAGAGCUGCAUGGUAUGACCUCAGACAGCCAGUUCUGGAUGGUGUCGAGCAAGUGGGAAGUGCCAACUAUAUACAGCGGAGUAAUCCUAGCAAUAAAAGACAUUCUGACAAGGGACCUGGUGUACAUCCUGCUGGCCAAAGGCUUACACUGCAGUGCUAUCAAGGACUUUCCUCAUGCUAAGCAGCUGCUGGCUGCCUGUCUGGAGCUGGUGACUGAGUUUUCCCCCAAGCUGCGCCAGGUGAUGCUCAAUGAGAUGCUGCUGCUAGACAUCUACUGCCAUGAGGCCGGGCCUGGUGUGAACAGUGAUCGUCCUCCUCCAGAGCUGGUCAGCAGAGUACGCGGGUACCUGGAGAUGAGGAUUCCUGACAUCCCCCUCCGACAGGUAGUAGGAGAAGAAUGUGUUGCCUUCUUGCUGAACUGGAGAGAAAACGAAUACCUGACUCUACAGGUGCCUGCCUCCCUGGCACAAAAUAAUCCCUAUGUGAAGCUCGGACAGCUUUUGGCGGCCACAUGUAAAGAGCUAUCGGGCCCAGACAGCAGGAGGACGGCUAAAGAGCUCUGGGAGGUGGUGGUACAGAUAUGCAGCGUCUCCAACCAGCACAAGCGGAGCAGCGACGGCAGGAUCAGCCUGAUAAAGAACAGGGACUCCACAAUGGGGAUCAUGUACCGGAGCGAACUUCUCAGUUUCAUAAAGAAAUUGCGUGAGCCGCUAGUGCUGACGACGUUGCUGUCUCUGUUUGUCAAGCUUCACAAUCUUCGGGAGGACAUUGUAAAUGAUAUCACUGCUGAGCACCUCUCUAUCUGGCCAUCUAACAUCCCAAAUCUUCAGGCCGUAGACUUCGAUGCCGUUGCCAUCACUAUAAAAGAGCUUGUGAACUACACACUGAGAAUCAAUGCCUACAACCACUCCUGGCUCAUCAUCCAGGCAGACAUCUAUUUUGCCACCAAUCAGUAUUCUGCUGCUCUGAACUAUUACCUGCAGGCAGGGGCCGUGUCCUCUGACUUCUUCACGAAGCAAGUUCCACCAGAUGUCUACACAGACCAGGUGAUUAAGAGGAUGAUAAAAUGCUGCUCCAUGUUGAACUGCCACACACAGGUGGCCAUACUUUGCCAGUUCCUCAGAGAAGUUGAUUAUAAGACUGCCUUUAAAGCCCUGCAAGAACAAAACAGCCACGAUGCAAUGGAUUCCUACUACGACUACAUCUGGGAUGUUACCCUACUGGAGUAUUUGACACACUUGCAUCAUAAAAGAGGAGAGAUGGAUAAGAGACAAAUAGCGAUAAAAGCUAUAGGGCAACCUGAGCUCAACUCCAGUAACCCCGAGGAGGUGUUACAGCUGGCCGCACAGAGGCGAAAGAAGACCUUCCUUCAAGCAAUGGCAAAUCUGUACUUCUGAGGUUGUAAAGGACUUUGUCCAGAGCAGCGUAAAUAGCAACUGUUUAUUUUAUACAUAUCUACACAUUUUGUACAAAACAUUUGAGAUGAAAAUUAUACAAUUCAUAACUUA